AUGUGCUGCGGGGGCGGCGGUUUUGGCGGAGGUGGACCACCAGCGCCUCCUCCUCCACCUCCCCCGCCACCUCCCCCACCGCCUAUGCCGAUGCCACAGCCGGUGUACAUCCUCAAGCCGAUGCCGAUGCCAAUGCCAGAACCCGCACCUGCACCGCUUCCACCCCCUCCACCUCCGCCACCGCCUCCGCCUCCACCGCCGCCCCCAGCACCACCUGCGCCGAUCCCAGCUCCUGGGCCAGGUUGCUAUGGAGCUGAAUGUGGUGCGUACGCUACUGGAGGUGGUGGAGCUGUCGCUGUUCCGGCUCCAGAUUAUUUAGCUGGUUCUGGAGGCGUUGGUGGUGGCGGUUUUGCAGGUGGUGGUUAUGGAGCUGGUGGUGCUUAUGCUACCGGCCCAGUUCAGAAGCGUAUGAAAAUGAAAGCAGCAUUCAUGGCGAAGGCGCGAAAAACCUUCAAGGCGGUUCAACGACGAGUGAAAGCUGCAGCAUAA